GCUUCUGUAUUAAAUAUAACAAAUCGAGAGAAAAAGAUUUUGAAAAAAAAUUAGUGAAAAAUGUCGUCUGUGCAGAACAAUAGAUAUUAUACAGAGUAUCCUGAUCGAUCGAUUUUUAAUAAAUCCAUGAAUAUUGUUCGAAAUUAUACGUUAAUGAUUUCGCAAGAAAUAUUUCACAUGAGGAAUAAAGAGAAUUUCUAUUAAAAGGCAAAAUGGAUUUGGAAGAGAAUUUACUGCAGGAGCAUCUGCUGAACGUCUACGAUUCUUCCCCGACCAGCACCCAAGUUCUUUACAAUCUUCUGCUGGACGCACUACGAUCCAAGGAUUUUCGUUCCUUCAAAAAUACUGUGGAACAUAGCUUGAAGAAACAGCCACCCGCUUUAAACAUCAACUACGUCCAUCCCAAUCAUUCGGAAGAGACGUGCCUUGACAUAGCUAGUAGAAAUGGCUUAACGGAGUUCGUAGAGUUUCUAUUGCGCAAAGGAGCGAAUCCAAAUAGGGUGAAUGAGGUGCACAAUCGCGCUCCCAUUCAUUUCGCCACCGAAGGCGGACACGUGGAUACGCUGGCAGCUUUGUUGGCGGAGCCAACGAUAAAUCCGAAUCUCGAGGCAGGACAGCAGACGGCUUUGCAUAUCGCGGUACGGAAGAAGAAUCUCGCAUGUGCCGAUCUGCUGUUAGAAAGAGGUGCCAGCGCCAGUAUUCCCAAUAACAAAGGCCUGACAGCCCUCCACUUGGCAGCGAUGAAGGGACAGCGCGAUAUGGUAGAGCUGAUACUAAAUAAAUGCCGACAGUGUCCGGACGUGGACAGUUACAGAGAUUAUAACCAUCAAACGACGCGAGAAGUGCUUCAACAAAAGUUGCCGGAAUUGUUAUUGCCGCCCAAGUCCGAAAACCGAGAGGCGAACGCACACGAUCUCAAGUAUUACCUGAUCGCUAAUGAUGAGACGAAUUUUUUAAGGAGUCUGGAACUCGUCAAAAUGGAGGUUCUUCACAGUGUGGCCGAGGAUUUGCUGGAGAUGGCCGCGCAACGUGAUUUGCACGAGGUCGUGAUGGGAAUUCUGGAAAAACUCAAGGGAAGUCUCUUCAGCAUAAAGCAAGCUGCGCACGUGGCUGUUGAACGGGGUAAUCACGCUAUUCUUCAGGAAUUGCUGAACGUGGAGCCUGAAGUGGCAAAUGAUUUGAUUUUAAAUGUCUGCCUGGAGCUGGGAAUGCCAGGAAAACGAGGAGUCGACAAUACGUCCGAUCGAUUGCAGUGUAUGAGGUUAAUCCUGGAACAGGAAAACGUGGAUGUUCGAUGUACUGACAAUAAAGGCAACACGCCACUGCAUUACGCAGCCAGGGCGGGUUGUCGCGAAGCAAUAACUUUGCUCCUCGAGCGAGGCAGUUACAUCGGCCACAUGAACAACUUCAAUGUACCGCCCAUCGCCGACAUCCCGGUGUGCACGCUGUCGCAUUACUUUGAUGAUUGUCUACAGACGCGAAAGGAGCGGACAAACGAAUACACCAUCGAAUUCAAUUAUCGCUGUCUGAUGCCGCACGACGUUCUCGCGGAACACGACAAAAGUCGUCGGACAACUUACGAGAUGGAAGUGUUCAAAUACAUCGCUUGCAACGGCGCUCUCAAACACUUGCUGAAGCACCCGUUGCUCUCGUCCUUCCUUUUCCUUAAAUGGCAUAGGAUACGGCACAUUUUGUAUGCGAAUUUUGUCUUCUACGUGAUCUUCUACUUUUUGCUAAACGCUUACAUUCUGGGCAUGACUUAUGACAGUUCCGCGAAUAAAAACGGAACACAGACGGUCAACAGCUCGAACGAUGCUGCUCUGGAAAGUACCUUGCAAGUCGCCUGGUAUCAGAACAAUCUCCUGUGGGUUUUCACCACCGUGCUAUUGCUGCUCUUUAUCUCCCGGGAGAUCCUCCAGUUCAUCUCCUGUCCUUGGCGUUAUCUGGGAAAUUUGGGCAAUUGGUUGGAAGCUGCGUUGAUCGUGCUGACUUUCGCCGUGCUGUGCGGCGCGGGACCCCAGGUCAGCGCCAUAGUGAUCCUCCUGUCCGCGUGGGAAUUGGUGAUCCUGAUCAGUCAGCAUCCGCGCAUGACCACCGGUAUCGAGAUGUUCCGAACAGUCUCUUUCAAUUUCGCUCGCUUCCUCUUCCCAUACGCGUUCCUCAUCCUCGCGUUCGCUCUGGCCUUUUACACGCUCUUCAAAGACGGCGACGACACGAGCUUUCCCGAUCCCGGUCGCUCGCUUUUCAAAACUGUUAUCAUGCUCACUGGGGAGUUUGAUGCCAAUGACAUCCCGUUUGUCUCGCAUCCCGUUUGGAGUCAUAUCGUAUUCGUAUUGUUCGUCUUCCUCAUCGCCAUCGUACUGUUCAAUCUGCUCAAUGGUCUGGCGGUCAGCGACACUGCCGAGAUCCUUUGCAAGGCCGAAUUGGUUGGACUCAUCUCCCGAAUACGUCUGAUUUCCUAUAUCGAGGAUGUGGCGGUCGGCAAAUCAUGCAGGCAUUGUUUCUGCUGCGGAAAUUCAUGCCGUCUGCGAUGGAAUCCGUUCGGCUUCCUUGCAAGGAGGAUUCUUUUGUUUCCACAAUAUCUAAGAGACGGCAGAAUCAGCAUCAAGCCGCACGAUUGUCUAGACGUAUACAACAACGACAGGCAUUAUGAGAAAUACAUUCGCAGCGAGUCCGUGAAUCGCGACAAACGUUGGGCUACAUUGAAGAUGGAUCCUAAUAUAAUCAAACAAGCUAAACAAAUUAUCUCCAAGAAAAAUCAAUUGUCUGACAACGAGAUGAUAAUGAUAGCGUUGAAUAAACUGCAGGAGAAACUGGCGGGGAUGGAGCUCGCUUUGAAUACCGUGAAGCUUGCAGUUGAGAAUAAUAAUGUCGAUAAUACGGUGGAUUCUGUGAGGGAGAGUUAAUAAGCGGAUGUAUAGAAACCUAUCUUUCUUUAAGUAUUUUGUAUCCUGUAAAAAAAAAAGAAAGAAGAUUUAAUUUAUAAAAUGACUUACUCGCUCUGAGUUCAUUUUAUUUUAUAUACUAACAUUAAACACAAUACACUGUUAAGUAUAUGUUAAAUUUUAUUAUUAUAUUUUAACAGAGACGUUGACUUACCCUAAGCUGCGUGCCAAUGUGCCAUUAAUAUAAUCGUAAUCGAGGUAUAGCGCUUAUACGCUAAAUAUUAUACAAUGCGGAAAUAUAUAAAUAUAUCGUUGCACGUUUUAUAACAAACGUUCUAUCAAUCAAUUAGAAUUAUUCUAUUACAAUUUGUAUUCUUGUAAGCAACUUUUUAGCAAUAUUUAUAAUAUUAUCAAUUUCAUCAUUUUUAUAUAACUCUUUUAACGUUUUUAAUAUAAUUCUAAUGACAAAAAGAUACAUUGUCGCACGUGUAUAUGCGCGCGCAUGUGCGCAUGUAUGUGUGUAAAUAAGUGCGUUAGAAAAUAAAUAAAUCUUUUUUCAAAAUUUAUAAUUAAAUUAUUGUCGUAGAUCUCUGCAUAUUUGUGAAUAAAUCAGCAUGGACGAGAUAAUAUAUUACUAACCAGAUACAUCUUGCUGUACGACAGUUUUCUCUCUUCCUCGACGUACCAGAAUGUCGGUGUAAAACAUGUUGAAGUCAAGCCUAAUAUAAACGUUGUUAUUAAAACGCGAAGAGAUGUAUAAAAAUUAUAUAUAUGUUUAGCAAAAACUUAUGCAAUAAAUAUACGAAAUGUUUUGCAUAAAAACAGUUAUAUAUGAACCUAACAUCCGAAUGUAAAUUUGUCACACAAAGAUAAUGAAAUGAUGGCUAAUAAGAGCAAGCUGAUGA